UAUGAACUGAAAGAAAUCAUCAGUUACUACACAAGUUCACAGGCAAACAGACAGGAAACUAAGGCAUCUACUGAGGAUCUGAUGAGCAAUGGAGAACAAGACAAUCUUUCAAGAUCGCAAAUGCAACAUCUCAGACGAAUACAAAUUCUCCACCUACACUGUGGUCUUCAGCCUGGUCUUCAUUUUUGGUCUCCUGGGCAAUGUGGGUGCUCUGUACGUCUUCUGCAAGCUCUCUGUGAAGAAUCGUCUCUCUACCAUCUUUCUCAUACACCUCGCUGUGUCAGACCUCAUCUUCAUCCUUACAUUGCCUAUACGGAUAGUCUUUUACUUUAGCAACUUACCGGGCACGCAAGAAUCUUCUUCCAGGUUCACAAUACAUGUGAACCGCGCAUGCCGUUUCUCCACCUUCUUAUUUUACAUCAGCAUGUAUUGCAGUAUCUUCUUUCUGACCGCCCUGAGCUUGUGCCGCUACCUGGUACUAGCCGGGCGAGUUCGGCUCCAGAACAGCGAGGCUUGCAGAUGGGCUCGCUUCCUGUGCUGGGGAAUCUGGGUCUUUGUGGUUGGGGGAAAUAUUUUAUACCUUGGAAUAACCUCUGGGUUCAGCAUGCAGGCAGUGGGAUGUCUGGAGCCAGAAGGAAAUGACUCCUGGGUUUUGCUGUAUCAUCUAAAUCUGGUGGUGUUGGUGAUCUGCUUUUUGCUACCACUAACAGUGGUAUUGAUUUCCUACUCCCUCAUGAUCAGACAUAUCCUGAGGAUCCGGGCUGGCCAAAGACAACGGGAUGUGGCUCUGAUCUGCUUGGUGCUUUUGAUAUUUUGUGUUUGUUUCCUCCCCUACCACAUCCAGCGCACUCUGCACAUCUACUAUAUGAUUCACCAGGAGUCAACGCCCUGCCAGUUGCUGGCCACCUUGCAGAAAUCUGUGGUGGUGACGCUGUGUUUUGCUGCCAUGAACAGCUGCCUAGAUCCGCUCCUCUUCCUUUUCGUGGGCCACGGCUUCAUACGGGUGAUGAAUAAGUUCAUUACCGGUGUAAACAUUUCCUUUGCACUUGAGAAUAGCAGUUUGUCUCCAAAUGAUUUGCAGCACUCAUUAGGUAGAGGCCCAAAUACCACAGACAGGGACCAAGCUACCUUUUUGGAGCUGACACCCUGUCAGAAUAACGACAUUACUGUUUAAUUGCUCUACAAACCAUUAGGAUAGAGAUCAUUGUUCUGAGUGACAACAGUACUUCAGGAAAACCAGUACCCUGUAACUCUCAAGAAAGUGGAAGGCUGUUUAAAUUGGCUUUGGGUAGUCCAGUAACUCAAGGAAUCAGAAUAAACAAUAGUUAAGAUGUUGGACUUCUGAUCAAAAGGUCAUUAAAUUAAAAUCUAUGCACCACCAAGUUCCUAAUGUUGGGUCCUUGAGCAAUACCCUUAACCGGUGCUCGGUUGUAUAAAUAAGAUCAUUGUAUGUCAUUUUGGAUCAGCGUCUCUGCCAGAUGCCAUGAAUGUAAAUGUAAAUAUGACUGCCAGAUAUAUUAAGAUCUUGCUUGGGGCUUUAAAUACACAGACAUGCUUCAGAUGUCUAAUUACAGCUGAUUUAUGUCUUUUAGACUCAAUAAGAGAGAAGUCAAAAAUUGUAAAAAGCAGCAGAGAGAGAAAGCGAGCAGAGAGCAAUCAAAAUUGUAAAGCAAAUGGAUACUUGUGCCAUGUGUUCCGCUAGACAGGCAGUAAUAACUGAAGAAAAAAAACUUUAGUAGUUUAUCAACUUCAUGAUCUGACAGUGUCUUCAAGCAGACUGGCUUCUAAAAUCUGCAUCGACUGCAACAUUUUGAUUUGAUGUAUAAGCAGGUUUUCUAAGAAAGUCUUUUGAUCACUGUAUAUCUCAGUUCAAGACCCUGAGGCGAUCAGUAGUUAAACUGAAUUGGUUUUAUUUUGUAAGCACACUUUGCUGGACAUCAGUGAGCCUGUGAAUGUAGUCACAAAGCCUGCUUUAGUUAUAUCAAAAGAUUAACAAAGUACACAUGGCAGGGCACAUGGUACCACAUUCCAUGACUGAUAUCUUAAAGAUGUGUGUCUUCCGCCUGCCAAGAACAAAGACGUUUUCUUUUUUUUUUCAAACAAGCCUCUUUGAAAAUGUGUUCUGAUUUGUUCUGAAUUUCAUUGAAAAAGCAUGGAAUAUAAGGCUUGUACUAAUGUUAUCCCAGAAAAUAUUAUUUUAAUUUACUAAGAAAUGUGUCUUAUUUAAAUUCAAAAAUGUUAUUUUGAACACAUAUGCACAAACAGACACAAAUUAUGUUGUCAUUGUUUAAUGUUGAAAAACAUGCUGUUGUUCAUGCCUUUUUUGUUCAUGUGCAAAAUUAAGUUUGAUUAUGUAAAAAAGAAAUGACUUUUUACCUCUUUCAAACCAUAAAUAUGUGCAGGUCUUUUUUGAGCCGUAACACAACAGAAUUUGCUAUGGUUAAUAAUAUUAAUUAAUAAAUAAAAAAGAUAAUACAAGCAAUUUAGU